AUGGCGGCGUCCGCUACAGAAGGAAAAGUGUACGUACACGUCACACCGCCAGUGAAGGCGAUCCCAUGUCUGACACCAUUUGGUAUGAAGCUGGAGACAUAUCUGCGUAUGGCUGAUAUUCCGCAUGAGACUAUAUAUGGGAGGAGUAUGGGCCCAAAGGGUAAAAUCCCGUGGAUUGAGUACAACGGUGAAGCCAUGGGAGAUUCUGGUCUCAUCCUGGAGUUUCUGAACAGGGAGAAAGGUGUGGACCUGAACCAGUCCCUGAGUGCUGCAGACAAGGCUGUCAGCAGGGCCUUCACUAAGAUGGUGGAGGAGAACACUUACUGGGGACUAUCCCAAUACAGGUGGAUAGACAACUUUGACAAACUGCAGGAACUGUUCGAGGUUCCGUGGAUCGUCAUGAUUUUUCUGAGACGUGCAAGAAGCAACACCAGACAGAAGCUUAUGGCUCACGGCAUCGGGCGUCACUCCAGGGAACAGAUCGAAGGCAUCAUAGAAAAAGACCUCAAUGCCAUCUCAGCCUUUCUCGGUACCAAACCGUAUCUGAUGGGAGAGGAGCCUACUGAGGUGGAUGCAGCAGUGUUCGGUCAGCUGUCAGAGAUUGUUUGGACAACAUCCGGGUCCUACCUGCACAGGAUUGUCACUGUGGACUGUCCCAACCUGCUGGCCCACUGCAACCGUAUCAAGGACCGCUAUUGGUCAGAUUGGGAUCAGCUGACUGGAAAUACCAACCAAUAAGAACGUGUCAUCGUUGCAGCGUUAACUUAAUAUUACAAACCUUGUUUGUGUCAAUGUCUACUUUACUGAAGAAAAAACAUUUUCUAUAAUUCUUCUUCAAACAUAUUUCACCAUAUGUGGUGCUGUAGC